UCGUCUGGCUCACUUCCACCCUGAUGUGCUCCAGUGGAAGAGAAGAGGGUAGCAUUAAUGUUGUGCCAAUUUCCUGAGAUCCUGGAUUCAUCCAUUGGGGCUGUUGAGGAUUAAAAGCCCUGAAGCUGUAGCCCAAGCCUCCAUCCAUCUUCUCAUUGCCCCAAGCUUCCAAGCACAUUGGAAAUGGAAAAAAUCAAAAACCCUUCCAAGAGACAAAGGGCCUCAGGACCAGUGGGCCAGGAGCCUUGUGUGAGUGCCAGCACCCCAGUGACCAGACCCAAGAACCCAGCCACCACCCUAGCUUGUCCAAGCCCUGACUUGUGUACCAGAGCCACCAACACCUUUCAUACGCUUGGGGUUGCCCCAGAAGGCCUACCAGAGAUGGAGGUCAAACUUGAUUUGCCUGAUAGAGACAAGGCCAGCAGUGACCAUAAGAGGAAAGCCAGACUCUGGAGGCCCCCAAGAAAGCAGGAAAGCGACUCACCUCGGCGGAAGAGCAGUUUCUGCCCCUUGCCUCCUGGCACACCAGUCUCUCCAUCUGGCAAAGCUCACCUACAGAAUCAGGUAGAAGGUGCUCUUGGCCUCCCUGCCUGCAAUGGAAAGAGAAAAGCCCACUGUCUGGGGGAACCUCAUCUUCAGUCCUCUGCCUCCCAUGCCAAGUGCUGGGCCAGCCCUUCAAGAAGUAAGCCCAAGGGGCACUGUGGAGCCUAUGAUCUCCACCUUGCUCCUGGGUCAGAACCCCCUGUGCAGCUUGAGAAGAGAAAAGUAUCUAAGGCGAAAGUACGUGGACGGAAAGAGGAAGGGAUAAAGACAAGAAAAAAAACAAGGUCCCUGUCUCUUAGUGCAGGUUGCACCCCAACUCCAGCCCAGAUUCUCUUCCACCAGAACACCAGUCCUGACAGGUUGGAGGUGAGCCAGCCCAAGGAAAACGAGGCAUCAAGGCAGGCUGACAUCCUCUCAGCACAUCCGGUCAAGGAACUGCGAUACCCCAAACAACGGAAGAAAAAGCAUCUGCUUCGUGGUGUGAUAGAGAAGUUGGGGCCCCAGCCAAGCCUCCCGGAGCCCCCUUGCUUGAACAAAUUGAUCAGAGAUACAGAAGUAGAGACCUGGGGCUUAGAUUCCACCCCAGGAUCCCUGAAUCCUUCACAUGCCACACCAGAUGUUAGACAGUUCUUUACUGGGGACUUGAAGAACGCCUACUGUGUCACCUGCACCCUGUGUGGCGCCAGUGUCAGACGGGACAAAGCUGAAGGGCGGGCCCGAGGCUCAAGUCUCAUCCAGCACCUGACCAAUAAGCACAACAUGGAGUGGGACAGAAGGGCAGUCUCAGGCAGCCCAGGUCAGUGGCCAGCAGGGGCAGGGCAGGCACAGGAGAAGAAGGCUGGUGCCCUCAGCCUUGGGGAGCCUAGAGACUCCCCAGACACCCUGCCCUUGGAGGACAGCAAUAGGGAACUGGCCCUAGACAGACGCGAGCAGCUACUCCCAGCCCUGCUGCCACUGCCUGCUUCCCCUGGGUCAGUCAAGGACAGCCUGAGUGACACACAUGACCCCACCUGGCCCCAGGCUCAGGCCUGGAACCACAGGAUUGCAGAGCUGUUGUGUGGCUUGGCCCUGCCACUCUCCUUUGUGUCCUCCCUACCAUUCAGGAGGUUCAUGGCUCAAGUGGACCCUUGCUACCACCUGCCCUCCCCAGCCUUCUUCUCUGACAAAGCCUUGCCCUCGCUGCAUGAGGCCAUGGGUGACAAGGUGCUUGAGGAGAUGCAGUGGGCUGAGGGUGGCCAUGUCCACUUCACCACCUCUGUAUGCGCCCAGGACUCGGUGGUGAGCUACAUGGCCGUUGCUGCCCACUGGGUGACCAGCAAACCUAUGGCAUCAGUAAGCUUGAGGAAGCGUGCAGUGCUCUGGGUCCGGGGCCUGACCCUCAAGAGAGCCACUGAGGAUGUGCAGCCUGAACUGCUGGAGCAGAUUAGCCUAUGGCUGGGCCGUGGCUCCCUGAAGGCUGGUUUCCUGGUGUCAGGUGGCUACCCCAGCCUGGAGUGGGCAGUAAGGGCCGAGGGUUACACCCAUAUCCCCUGUUUCACCCACUGCCUUGACUCUGUGGUGAGCAAUUUUCUGCAUCAUCACCAUAGCGUCCAGAUCAUCCUGGGCACGGCCAGGGCCAUCUGUAGCCAUUUCAAAGGGUCGGUGGAGGCCCGGAGUCUGCUUAGCCAGCUCCAGCAGCAGUGUGGCCUCCCAGCCCAGCAGCCCUUUGAGAAGCUGUCAGACGACUGGAGCUCAGCCUACCGCUUGAUGGAGUGGCUAGUAGGGCAGCAGCCUGCCCUGCAAGCAUAUGCCGAGAGUCAGCAGCUGGGCAAGGCUGGCACUGCCCUGUCUACUGUGUUCUGGAGCCUGGCAGACAGCCUGGUGAAGCUUCUGCAGCCCUUCCAGAUGGUAGUCCGUGAGGCUAGCAUGCCUCAGGCUUCCCUGAGCCAGGUGCUACCCCAGCUACGCUACCUGUACAUCUUCCUGGAGCAGGUGCACAGGCAUUUCCAGGAGCAGAGCGUUGGGGAUGUGGGCACAGCCUUGCGGCUGGCAGAGGGCUUGGCCCUGCAGCUCUCCACAGACCAUCAGCUCAAUGAGCUCUUCUACCGUGAGGAGUUUGUGCUGGCCACCCUGCUGGACCCACGCUUCAAGGGCAAGGUCGAGGCCAUCCUGCCCGAGGGGGCUGACAUUGACCACUGGAAGCAAGUCCUGGUAUACAAGGUCAAGGAGAUCAUGGUGACUGAAUACUUGCCUACCUUCAGUGGGAGAUGUAAGAGCAUGCACUCGAGCACCACCAGGAGGGCCAGGGCUGAGCGGAAAGGCCAGAGGGAGUCUCUGUGCAGGCAGAGUGACCCAGGCCCCUUUUUGCUGGUGCAGAGGGAGAAGAGCCUGCUAGAGCAGCUGGAAAGUGUGGGCCUCCUGGUAUCACAGAGCAGCAGGGCCUCUCUCUCCACAGAGAACCACAUGGCCAGUGUCAUUGUUAGGCAAUAUCUGCGGGACAACGAGACCAUUGGAGCUCAGGAGGACCCACUGGCCUAUUGGGAAAGGAAGCGCAGUGCCUGGCCAGCUUUGGCCCAGCUGGCCACCACUUACCUAUCCUGCCCGCCCACGAGAGCCUUCUCAGAAAGUGUCUUGGCCUCUCUAGACAGCCCCACCAUUGUAGAACAGAAGCCCCCACUCAAAGUAGAGGCCAUUGAGCACCUGCUCUUUCUAAAAACCAACCUGGAGUACUUUCCUCACUACACCCCACCGCACCUUGUCAUCUCUAGCAGUGACCUGGCUGAGAGGGAGCAGACCUCAUAGCCUACCUGCCAUGCUAGAGUGGGCAAACUUGGGACCGCACCAGUAGGUUCCACAAACCUUGAGGGCUCGGAGGUACAGCCACGGUCUGCUGUUCACAGAUUUACUCAGGGAAACCCUGCAUGGAGUGCAGUGCUGUAGCCUAGAUGUCACCUUCUGAAACCUGUCACUACAGGGUCAGCAUCUCUGUCCUUGAUAAGCUCCCACUUUCUCCUCACUGAUCCAUGUAUAUCCAACAGUGUGCAGAGGAAGGUCUUAACUGUUUUCCUGUGUGGCUGUGAGCUGUUCUGUAUGGUCUUUAAAACUGAUAUGAAAUAUUUCAUAUUAGUGGGUAUUUAGGAUCUUGCACAGAUCAUCCUUGUGGAUACAUGGAAGCAUUCCUUUAAGAAGCAGCUUUAGCCAGGAGCCCAUACCUGUAAUCUUAACUACUUGGGAGGCUGAGGUAGGCGGAUUGCAAGUCUGAGGCCAGCUUGGGCAGUUUAAUGAAGACUUUACCUCAGAAUAAAAUAUAAAAAGGACCGGUGCUGUAGCUCAGUGUUAAGUGCCCUGGUUUGACCCCUGUACUACCUAAAUGAACACAGCCUGCCCAGAAAGGGAGGAAGCCUGAGGCAGAGUAGUCACCUUGGCGGGGAAGUGUCUGCACGCAUGCACACAGCGCGGUCUUGCUGGGAACCCACAGGAGCUGGAACUGAACAGCUGGCCUAGAGAGCUGAGAGAUCCCUAGUCUUCAGUGUGCCGAGCUUAGCCCCAGCCUGCUGGGUCCGUGUUCUACUUGGCAGCACCUGUCCCUCCUUCCCCCUGGCCACUGUUAGGGAAGAUGCAUGUUUGGAAGAGAGGGAGGAUGUGUAAGGAACUUGCUGGCAGGGUACUGUUCAGCACUCCCGUAGCACCAAGUGUGGCGCCUGAGGGCUGGGAACCAGAGGCGUUGGACAGGAGAGGAAGGCAGUGGCUGGGCGCUGCACAUCUCACAGGACUUGAGUCCAAGUAGCCCUGAGGGUGCCUGGUCACUCAGCAAGAUGGCCACUGAUCAUCAGUAGUAAGGUGCAGUCUCAGCUUCAUAAACCAUCUCACUUGAAUGGUGACCCCAAAAAGCUGUCCCCAGCCCCUCCUAGGUUGUCAAUCUGGUGUGUCAUCCCACUAAUUCAUUGGGAAAGGACUGAAAAUGCAAAGCAGGAAAGAUGAACUGUAGUCGUGUCAUUCAUUCACAGCCAGUGCUCUGACCUCGUCCUUGUUUUACACUAGAGAUCCUAUGACUUAUUUCUUACGCAGUGUUUUUGUUUUAACAGUAAACAGUUGCAAGUUUUGACUAA